GCCAGAGUUAGAAAGGAGAGCGCCUUUGUGCCGACUCAGACCGGGACAGCGGGGCCUUGGCCUGCCUCACGGAAAUUAAGGGAAAGGGAGGAGACGUCCCGCAGCAACUCGAUUUUUACCUCUCCUCGAUAAGGUCCAAGACAUUUCACCAAUUCACCCCCUACUCCGGCCAACCUCGCCGUCUGAUACAGCGCAUUGACAUCCUUCCCUGACGCUAUUUAAAGAGGAAGUCCCGGAGCUCCCAACAUCAAAUGGACAGAAUAAUAUGGAGAAAUACCAGAAAGUCAUGAUAAUAGGGAGAGGUGCCAGUGCAGAGGUCUACUUAAUGAAUAACUUGGAAACCAAAAAGCUGUAUGCUGUCAAAAGAAUAAAGAUUGAUUCAUCACUCAAGACCAGAACCAAGGAAGCUGUAAUGCAGGAAGCAACCAUUUUGACCAGACUCAAGCACCCCCAUGUUGUCACUUGUCAUGAAUACUUCAUAGACCCAGGAGAAGAAUAUCUCUUCAUUGUCCAGGAUUAUUGUGAUGGAGGGACUUUGGAUGACUUGAUCCAGUCUAAAAAAGAUAAGGGAUCCUUCGCUGAGAAUGAUAUUAUGCAGUGGUUUGUUCAGUUAGUUAUGGCUAUUCAGUAUAUUCAUUCCCUGAAGAUUCUACAUCGAGAUAUUAAAACAUCCAAUAUUUUUCUUACAAAGAAGGGUACAGUUAAGCUGGGUGAUUUUGGAAUUUCAAAAGUAAUGACCAACACUUUAGACAUGGCAAAUACCUGCGUUGGGACACCCUGCUACCUAAGCCCUGAACUUUGCCAAGACAUUCCCUAUAGUUCUAAGUCUGAUAUCUGGGCACUUGGUUGCCUUUUAUUUGAACUCUGUGCUUUGAAACCUGCCUUUCAUGCAAAGAACCUCUUAAGCUUGUUUUAUAAAAUUGUUAAGGGAGAGUACGACUGUGUACCCAAGAACUACUCUGAAAAUCUGCAUGAUCUGAUCAAAAACCUUCUCCGCAAGUGCCCUGAAGAGAGGCCUAGUGCUAGCACUAUCCUCAAAUCAUCUUAUGUCCAGGAACACCUCACGCUGUUCAUUAAAGAUCAAGAAUCUCAGCUUACAAAAUAUAAUUCUAUCAGGUCUGCGCAGUCAGGAAAGAGGGACGGUGAUGAGAGCACUGAUCACCACUGCCAGUCUUUGGAUCCUCUGGCAGAAGGCAUGUGUGUACCACAUUGUCAAAAUGCUGAAAAUGUAGAGGCAACGUCCUUGGAGAUGUGUGAGAAUGUUGGACCUUCUGAUGAAGAUAAUUACUCUGAUGACUUUGAUCAGGAUAGCUUGUCCUCUUCAGGGGAGCAUGCAGAGGAUGAAAUGGCAGUACCAGCUUCAAGUGCUGGAAGCUCUGAAAUUGCAGAAGCCACUGAUGAGGUGGACCUUACAGAGUACCCAGAUGAUUUUGAGGAGGAAGAAGAUGAUGUGGCAGAAAUAGUAUGUAACGCCCGCUCUGCUAUGGAAGUUGAAGCUAACAAUGCUUCAUUUCGAGAGGAAAGAGAUGGUCAAGGAGAAACUGCUGUCAACUUGUUCAGUACCAUUAAAUCUCUGAAAGAAAAAUGUAUAGAUGACGUUGGUCAGACACUUUUCCAUGAAAUUGCUUCUCAGUUUCUCAAAGGGUUGACUCCUAACGACCUUCAACUCCAGUUUGAGCAUCGAUUGGGCCCAGAUCACUUGGAGACAUGCUACAUUAUCUUCAAUAUGAACCAAGAUGAUGCUUGAUUCAAUAUGCAGCCACAACUCAAAUGUUGCUGAUUUUUGUUUUGCAGAAACAUAAAAGCUAUUUAGACUUAAUCUGUGCGAGUAUAUCUGACUGAUCAGACUCUACACAUUGUUAUUUGGUUAUCUGUCACAAUUUUUUAUUUCAUGAGGUAUUAGUACUAAGGCAUCUCUGUUCCUUGAGCAGAAGUAUCUGAGGUUUACUCACUACCUUGUGUUUAAUUAAUUAUCAUGUGGCUAAUAAUGCUGUGAACUUCCCAUAUUUAAGAGAAAGACUUUACUUAAAUACUUCCCUGAUUCUUUGUUUCCAAGUACUUUUCCAAAAGUUGGUUUGGCAUUAUUUCACUUUUAUUUAAAUGUACAUAUUUCUCCUGAAUGUUGAAUAAUGUCCUAAAUCUUUGGCCACCGCACAAUGAUUUUGGCAUAGUAGGAAACCUAAGGAUGUUUUGCUAAUUUUACUUUCUUUCUCUCAUUAGGAAAGUUACAGCUAAUAUCUCAGUUUUGAAGGCAAACUUGAUCUGCAGCAUUGUAGGGUAAAGACAACUAAAUGGUGAAAUGAGAAGCAGAUAGCGUAAUGUUCCAGAAAAAUUAGAUCAAAUGGCUUAAGGCUUCCUAUAUUCUAAUUUAUUUAAAUUAUAGACAGGGUAUUUUUUUUACUUGCACUCUAUUUUUAUAGGAAAAAUGCUGCUAGAUAUUUUCAUAUUCAUUACACAAUAAAAUAUACUCUUUUCAAAGUGCUAAUGUUAGGGAAUGUUACCUAAAUAAGCUUCAGAGAUGUCCCAUGUAAGUGAUCCAGGAAACAGAUUUCCAUCUUGUGUGUUUUCUUAAGAAUAGACAGGGAGAAGAUGAGGAGUGAAGGUGUGCUUUGAAAUUGGUAUUACUAGAGCAACCGAGAAGCAUGUUAUUUUCAAAUAAGAUUAAACAAAGGUACUCCCACUACAGAGGCUUCUAGGCUGUAGACAUCACAAAAAUGAAGAAAUAAUGAUAUAUUUGUGGCAUGUAAUUUAAUUAAAACAUUCAGUUGAUGAUAUUACCACAUUCCUAAAGCCCUAUUCUUGUUUGCUGUAGAUGAUGGGGGUUUGAACAGUACUUCCAGAGCAGGCUUGUAACUGGUUUAUUUUGCAGGUGAUACACAAUGAUGGAGAAAAGAAUGAAAAUCUGGGUGGUGGACAAGGUACAAUUCAUGUUUGUUUUGACUUGAAUAGAGUUGAGCUGCUCGAGUAUUGUUGGAGCCAUGUUCAUCUAGGCAAGUUGAGGGCAUUUUAUUGGACUUCCAACUUGUCUCUGCUGGAUGGUGGACUGGCUUUGGGAUGCCUGGUAAGUCAUUCAUAUUUUGAUAUGCAGCCUGUGACUUUGGCGGCCUUCACAUAAAUAAUAUAGCUGCAACAGUCAUAGGUCGCAUAUCUUAAGAUGAAACCUAUUUCUCAGGCUUUAUUGUUGAAGUCUUGUAGCAUGCAGGUGUGGACUGAUUCAUUUCCUGAAGAGUUGUAUAUGGAAUUGUACAUUGUGUAAUUGUCAACAACAAAAUGUAUUCCAUUAUUAAGAAUCGUGGAAACCAAAAUUUUCCUGUGCACAACUUGAAGAUGUAUUGCUUCGUAUAAUAUGAUACAAUGUAGAAUAACAUAUAGAAGAAUCAGAUGUAUAGUAUUCAGCCCCUGACUCUUUGUUCACAUAAAUGAAUAUUACAAUUACAGAUUUUGAUCAAUUUAACUGAGAAUUUUUAUUUGUGAAUCACAUGCUCCUUUUUCCUCCCACAGUGGAGCCCAAAAAAAGGGAAAAUUGUAAAGGAUGAAAAACUGAAAAUUCAAGACCUGAAAUGUCAGCCCCUUUUGAUCAGUACUUAGUUGAACCUCCUAUUACAUCUAAUGGCCUAUUUGGAUAAGUCUCUACUAGCUUUACACAAUGUAAUAGAGCAAGAUUUACCUAUUCCUCCUUGCAAAAUUGCUCAAGCUGUGCCAGGUUAGUUGGGGAGUCGCAGUGGACAGCAAUCUUGAGGUUGGGAUCGGUACUUCUGCGACUCCCUUAUCCGCACGUCCAUCCCCAGUGAUCUCCCACCCGGCACUUAUCCCUGUAAGCAUAAGUGCUACACCUGUCCCUACACCUUUUCUCUUGCAACCAUUCAGGGCCCCAAACAGUCCUUCCAGGUGAGACAACACUUCACUUGUAAGUCUGUUGGGGUCAUCUAUUGCAUCCGGUGCUCCCGGUGCGGCCUCCUUUACAUCGGUGAAACCCGACGCAGAUUGGGGGACCGCUUCGUCGAUCACCUUUACUCCGUCCGCCACAACAGACAGGAUCUCCUGGUAGCCACCCACUUCAACUCUGCUUCCCAUUCCCAUUCAGAUAUGUCCAUACAUGGCCUCCUCUACUGCCAUGAUGAGGCUAAACUCAGGUUGGAGGAGCAACACCUCAUAUACCGUCUAGGUAGUCUCCAACCCCUUGGUAUGAACAUAGAAUUCUCCAACUUCCGGUAAUUCCCUCCCCCUCCCUUCCUCUAUCCCUAUUUCACUCUACCCCUCCCCCAGCUCCCUCAUGGUUCAGCCCCCUUCUACUACCCAUUGUUUUCAGGGCUGUGACGUCAAUGCUUCCCCUCGCCCACCCCUUUGUCUUUCAAAUUACUGGUCUUUCAACUGAAGCUACAAGCAUUCUUCAAAUCCUUCACCAUCUUUCAUUCUUCAGUCCUGACGAAGGGUUCCGGCCCGAAACGUCGACUCAUCGGUUCUAACUGAUGCUGCCUGACCUGCUGAGUUCAUCCAGCGUACUGAAAAUCUUGAGGUUUUACUGGGGAUGUUCAAUUGGGUUAAGGUCUGGACUUCAACUGGGCCCUCAAGGACAUUAAUUUUCUCCAUUUGAAGCCACGCACACCAUGGUUGCUCAGGCAGUGUGCUUUGGGUCCUUGUCCUGCUGAAAAAUGAACUUCCUCCCCAGUUUAAGCUUUCUGGUAGAGGCUAACAGGUUUUUUUUCUGCAUCUUUCUGCAUUAACAGCAUUCAUCUAUCAGUCUUGACCAGAUUUGUAGUCCCUGCUGUAGAAAAGUAUCCACAUGUCAUGAUGCUACUACCAGCAAUAUAAUUUACUGUAGGGAUGGAGUUGCCUGGCUGAUGUGCAGUAUUAGAUUUACGUCACAUGCACCGCUUUGUGUUGAGGCCAAAAAAAACAGCUUUAUUUUCAUCUGACCACAAGACCUUCUUCCACACCUUUACAGUAUAUCUUAGUGACAAUUUGCUAAGUCUUUACGGACAGGGAUACUAUUUUUCUUUUAGCCAGGGUUUCUUCCUUGUCACUCUUCCAUAAAUACCCUUUUUGUGCAAGGCCUUAAAGAUUGUGGGGUCAUAAACUUCAUCUCCAGUUGCAGCCUCUGACUUCUGCAGCUCACUCAGAGUGACUGACUGCUGUUGGAGUAGCCUCUCUUACAAGUACCAUUCUUCUCCGAUGACAAAGUUUAGAUGGGCGGUCUGACUUGGGCGGUGCAGCUGUGGUUUCAUAUUCUUUUUCCACUUUUUCAUGAUGGACUGUACUGAGCUCCAAGGUAUGUUCAGUCUUGUAUCCUUCUCCAGGUUUGUGCUUCUCUUUUAUCAUUUCCUUGAAUUGUCUUGAAUGCUCUUUUGUCUUCAUUUUGGUUUGGUCUGUUGAAAAUCUACCAUACUGUUGGACCUUACAGAGAGACGGAACAUUUAUUCAGGUGGCUCUCAAUUUUCUACAACAAUAAAUUGGGUGAGUUGGUAAAAUAACAUACACCUGAUAAAAUUAGUGUAGUAAUUACAAAGGGGAUGAAUACUUUUUCAGUCUGCAAUUUUGGUUUUUAAGUUUUAGUAAGUUGUUGACAGGUUUUGGAAUUUUCCCUUUGAUUUGACAUGAUGCACAAUGUUUUGUAGAUGAGGUGAAACAAUCCAACUUCAAUAUAUUUUAAAUUUAGUAAAUGAGACAGUAAAAUGUGAAAAUAAUUGUGGGGGCUGAAUACUUUUUCAAGCCAUUGUAUAAACUGCCACCAUGUAUUUGCUAAUCAAUCAGAUCCUUUAAUUGAUUAAAGAGAUAGACUGUGUCUUUUAAUUCACCAUGGUUUAAAUGUGAAGCACCUUUUAAAAACUUAUGUAUUCAGUAAUUGUGACUCAAAGUUAAUUAAAUUUUGAAGAGUAAAGGAAAAUAUCGGUUCUGGGUGAUGGUGUAAAGACAAAAUGAUCUUUCUAUCUAAAGCUUAUUUAAUGGCAUGAUAUGAAGGAUUAGCUAUUUUAUCCAUAAUUGACUAAUGUUAAAUAUCUGCAAUAGUGUCUGUCACAUUAUGUAAUGGUAACUUAUUUCGUUUCAGGUAGGUUGAUAUAUUGGAAUUGUAUAAUUUUGAUUACAUUAAUGCAUAUGCAGAGCCAAGUCUGGCUGGAAAGAUUAAUUUUUUUUUACCCACCAUAUACAACAGUAUGGUGAUUUUUCCAAAUGUAUAAAAUCUUUGCGAUCCUUUUACUUACAGUGUCUGAUUUAAUGUUGUCUUCCUUCAUUUGAGGAAGCUGCUAUCCUUUUGUUAAAUGAAUAAAUUGAUUGUUAGAAUAAAUAUUAGACCAUAGACUUGAUCAGUCUUAAAAAUGGUCUGUAUCUCAAAAGAAUAAUUCAAUAAAUAUUGGGUAAGGCUUUAUUGAUUAUAAUGUUCUUAAGACUAGCCAAGGAGAAAAAUGCAUUUUAUAAUUCCUAAAAAUUGUUUCAUGGGAGUGAUUGUAAAUCUACUGUCAAUUAUGUAAUAACAUCAAUUGAAAAGACAGGUGAUUCAUAGAGUAAGCAUAUUUUUUCGAGUAUUGCAGAGCCAUUUAAUAACAAAUAACAUUUACUCACUAAUUAAUAUAUUCCUUACCUGCUGUGUGUAUGUGGGUACUGGUUGCAUUCCUAAUCAGUAAGUAAAAAUGCUAACUUUGGACACUGUUAUUGAAUAUGUGAUUCUAAUAUAAAAAUAUUCAGGGCAUAUCAAAAAUAUUUUGGUAAAACACAAGUGAAAAAGCAGAAAUGUACUUGUUUGUUUUAUACCUGAAUAAAGGUAGAUGUUUAUUUAGCGUAUAAAGAAACAUACAUAUUUGAAGCACUGUUACCUCCUGUAUAUGUAUGAUAUGUAUUUUUAAUGAAAAUUAGUGCAUAUGGCUAAUAAACAUCUACCUUUAGUGCAUAUGUGUUGGCGCGUGGCCAAGUGGUUAAGGCGUCGGUCUAGUGAUCUGAAGGUUGCUAGUUUGAGCCUCAGCUGAGGCAGCGUGUUGUGUCCUUGAGCAAGGCACUUAACCACACAUUGCUCUGCGACGACACCAUUGCCCAGCUGUGUCGGCUCUAGUGCCCUUCCCUUGGACAACAUCGGUGGCUUGGAGAGGGGAGACUUGCAGCAUGGGCAACUGCUGGUCUUCCAUACAACCUUGCCCAGGCCUGCGCCCUGGAAACCUUCCAAGGCACCAGUCCGUGGUCUCAUGAGACUUAUGGAUGCCUAAAGUGCAUAUGACUGAAACAAGAUUGCUUGCUCCUAAUCAACAAUUCUUAAUGUUGAUCGCUAACACCAUUGAAUAUAAUACACAGUACAUUCAUGCAACUGCAUAUUUGGUUUGAAAGAGAAUCUAUGCACUGCCUUUAUCCCUUGAAAUUAUAUUAUUGGGUCAUUGGGUGGAAUGGUCUAACUUCUGGAAAUUGAACUUCUAAUAUAAUUUUGUUUAAAAUUUAAUUUUAGGUUAUUUAAGGUAUUUAAUCCUUUUGCACA